UAAACUGACUGGUUCCACUGGUUUUGAAAACAGGAAAAAGAAAUUGAGUGAUGGCUACUUGUUAUUAUAGGAAAACGAAGUCAAUGGAGAUUGGAGGAAGCCGUAACCAAAACACUUAACAAAUGGGAUCUCAGUUUUUACGUGACCCUCUUUGUUCCCUUUUUUUCUCCUUCCAAACUUGUUCUCACCCACCCACCUUCCUACUUAAAUACUAUGUGGUCAAUUUCAAGGAAUCUAAGUUUGCAAUGGUUGCUUGAUCGUAGUUUCCUCAUCAACUGUAGUCAUCAAUCCUCUUUUUGACUUUCCCAUUCAACUGCGUCUUUGAACCACUGAAAAAAUAAAUAUAAAGAAGCAAACGCACAUUCAUUCAUCCAAAUACCAAUAUUCGAAAUCUUCCCUGUUUCAAUUCGUUGUGCCUUCGGGGGGUCAAAGAAACAAUACAGAGGAAGAUGGUGUCAGCGACGAUUGAUCUGUUGAAGAAAGAGCUUCCUUUUGAAGAAGGCUCUUUGGUUCUUUCGAAAGAUGUUAAGACUGGUCUUGUUCUUGUUGAUGUUGUUAAUGGUUUCUGCAGCGUUGGAGCUGGAAAUCUGGCUCCAGUGAAACCUGAUAAACAAAUAUCUUAUAUGGUUAAAGAAUCUGCGAGACUAGCCAAGCUAUUUUGUGGGGAAAAAUGGCCUGUUUUUGCUUUCCUUGAUUCCCAUCAUCCUGAUAUUCCUGAGCCUCCCUACCCACCUCAUUGCAUUGCUGGAACUGAUGAAGCUAGAUUGGUUCCUGAUCUCCAAUGGCUAGAGAAUGAAGCUAAUGCAACACUUAAAUGCAAAGAUUGUAUUGAUGGUUUCCUUGGUUCAGUUGAGAAAGAUGGUUCAAAUGUGUUUGUAGAUUGGGUUAAGAAGAAUCAGCUUAAAGCUAUACUGGUUGUCGGCAUAUGUACAGACAUAUGUGUACUGGAUUUUGUAUGUUCCACUCUGUCGGCUCGAAAUCAUAGGAUGCUUACCCCUCUUGAGGAUGUGAUUGUCUACUCUGGUGGUUGUGCAACUUUUGAUCUUCCAGUUCAUGUUGCCAAAGAUAUCAACGGUGCUUUGGCUCAUCCACAGGAUCUUAUGCAUCACAUAGGUCUAUACAUGGCCAAGGGAAGGGGGGCCAGGAUUGUAUCAGAGGUCUCAUUUGCUGCUCUAUAAACGACUUGUUAAUAAGAGAUCUAAGACUGCUGCAAAUCUGUAUUGUAUGUGAGGACUACACAGUACAAUUAACAGUAACUAUCCCCCUCCAAAAAAUAAAAAUAAAGUUAUCAAUAGCUGUUUUUCCAGGUUUCAUAUUCUAAAAUUUAAAUACUUGUCAUUUUUUCUUUUUGUGCUCUGAAGUGCCAUUUGCAAUAUCUUCAAUGAAACAAGCAAGUUCAUAUUGAAAGUAAUGCAGUUUUUCAGUCAAA